CCUUCUCUAUCAUUAUUUAUCAGGUUCUCCAUAAUAGUUUAUUUUAUCGUUCUUGUUUCUUCAAUCUUUGCUUUAAUCGCUCGUUACUGUUAGGCAUUUUUUAUACUGUGGACCUUCAAUAUCGAAUCUCAAUUUGAAUAUCCAGAACUCUUCAGAUCACUACAUAUCAAAAAAGAACUACAACCUUUCCUGUUCUGUCUCUAGCACUUAGAAACAUUCUGUGUAAAGAUGUCUAGCAAAGAUGUUAGUUAUUACGACUACGACCCAUCGAAGGGGGCCGCGAUUGCUUUUGCCAUACUAUACACAGGCAGUUUUAUAUACACCCUUUUCCAGUACAUAUGGCUCAAAAGUUGGUUCUGGUUAUUCAUGGUGCUAGCGGCAGCUAUGGAGUCUGUCGGGUACAUAGGUCGAGUGGUCUCGGUAUAUGACACAACUAACAGAAACGCAUACAUUGUCCAAUUUGUUCUCAUUUUCCUCGCGCCUGCGCUUAUGGCUGCGUCUUGCUAUAUGGCAAUGGGUCGGGUCAUCUUUCACGUUACUCCCUCCUCCUCUCGAACCGUCAAGAACCUCUGGGUACCACCCCGCUGGAUGACACCCAUCUUCGUAACUUGCGACAUCGUCGCCUUUCUAAUCCAAGUAUUCGGCGCCACCUCCGCCACCUCCAAAGAUUCAAAGGUUGUUCAACGGGGUUAUAAUGUCAUGAAAGUUGGUCUGGUUAUCCAAUUAGUAUGCUUUGGAUUUUUCUUGGUCGUUUCUCUAAGAUUCCAUUUCAUCUCGAAGAAAUUUGAAAGUUCAUGGCCGGAUAGACAGUGGAAGAAAUUGUUGAUGGCGAUCAACAUUGCUAGUGGGCUAAUCUUUGCUCGUUCGAUAUACAGAAUGGUAGAAUUCACAACCGGCUUCGAUGGAUAUCUCUCAGUUCACGAAUGGAAUUUCUAUGUCUUUGAGGCAGCAUUGAUGCUUCCGGUUUUGGUUCUCUUCAAUCUAUAUCAUCCUGCGAAAUUCUUGACGAAUGUCGGAUGGAGGCAACAGAGAGAAAAGUCGCAUCUUCCUCUGAGUGGAUCUAGCUUGCAAGAUCUGAGUUCUCCUAAGUGAGUGUUGAUUAGCGAUGAAUAUUAAUGGUUGUAUGGGAAUGAAUAGGUAGGAUGGAUACAUUAGGUUGAAUAGAGAAAUUCGAGAGGAGGACGUUUUGUUUCAGCGCAGUUUAUAGAAAUGAUAUUUUCCGGUUGGGUAAGACAUUAGGAUUGACAUUGAAGAUUUCAGGUCUGGCGUUUAUUAGUUUGGUAAAUCUAGCACGGCCUUCUAACAAUGCUUUCGGGGUAUUAUCAGAGUGUUCAAUGAUUUCUGUAAGUAGAACUGGUUUCGGGCGUUCAAUAUCUAAUAAUAAAGACGCUUGACAAAUAU